AUGAUCACCAGCUCUGACCACGAUGAACCAGCUCAACCAGAAAUUGAGACCAUCAACAACGGCCGAGCCACGAUUCUUCAAAAUCGAGGUCUGCGGGAUGCACUCAAGCAAAACCGCAGCUCCAAGGAUCAGAGAGGUUGCAUACAGAAGACAGAAGUGCAGCCAUACAGGAUCUCGAAACCUAGCACAAGUCACCGCCGUGAGGCGAAAUCAACGAUGCAAGAACGCCAGUCGAAAGGCCUGAAGCCCAAGGCUUGCAUCAAAUCCUACCGCACUGCGACGGUUCCUGCAGCCGGGAGAGCCAGCGUGCCUGAGAUAGUGGACCUUUGCAGUACGGACUCGGAGAGCGUGGUGCUAUAG